GAAGACGGCGACACCGCGGCCGCACGAGAGGCAGCGCCAGCCCGACGUGGCCGGGCGCCUUCCCCGCGGGAGCGCAACCCAGGCCGGACGCGGCUGCGGAUCCCGGGAAUGAAGGUGCAGCUGGAGACUUUCUCUUCCCACUGAUUGGCUGCCAGCCGCCCGGCAGCCCCUCCUUGGCCCCCUCCUCUAAAAGCUUCUUUGGGCAUCAGCCAUGUCCAUCAUGGACCACAGCCCCACCACGGGAGUGGUGACAGUCAUUGUCAUUCUCAUUGCCAUCGCGGCUCUUGGCGCUCUGAUCCUGGGCUGCUGGUGUUACUUGCGCCUUCAGCGGAUCAGUCAGUCUGAGGACGAAGAGAGCAUCGUGGGUGAGGGAGAAACCAAGGAGCCCUUCCUCCUGGUCCAGUACUCCGCCCGAGGGCCUUGCAUGGAGAGGAAAGCAAAGCUGACUUCAAACGGCACCGAGGCUCACAGCUGACUGGUAGCUUUGGCAUAGAGGGCCAGGUGGCUGGAGCCAGAAUGGAUACUGUGAAGGAACUAGGCAGGGCUGUACCACUCCCUCCGUCACACAAACCUUGCCUGAAGACUGGGCCGUCUGUGGCUGUCCACGCACUGGGCAUGACCUCCUUUGUCGCUCCAGUGCUUGCAUCUCUUUUUCUGGCACACGGUCCAUUGCCGGCAAUGGACAAACAAGAACACGGUGGUGUGAAGAGAGACCGGUUUGGUCUGUUACUUGAAUAUUCCACUGAGCUGCAUUGGAAUGGAGCUACUGGCGUAAUGUGAACUUGCACAACUGUGAAUUGUGUGUACAUAGGUUGUGGUGUGUGCGUGCAUGUGCGUGUGUUUCUGUUCUGCGGCAUAUGGGAAUGGAAUGAAUGAGCUUUUGCGUAAGCAGCACUCGGAUUUAGGAGAUGCAUGACCGCAAAUGGGAUUUCUCCAAAGCCGAGCUGGGAGGGGCUAAUCUUAGGCUUGCUUCUUUGGGGUGCUGGGGUGGAAUUUUUGCAGCAGCCAGCAGCUUUGAGAAACGGAGCCCGGUGCUGCUUAAAAGCUCCAUAUUCCAGAGUUAUAGUUUAAUUUUGUUAAUGUGUUUAAGCAGAGGGCAAAAAGGCACAGGGAGAGAAAUACACGUCUGGGUGAAACUGCAUCAGAUAAUGGCGGUGACAAGUGGGCUAGCUGCUAUUUCAAGCCAAGUCAAAAGCAGCAGCCGAUGAUGGCUGUGCUUCAGGUUGCUGGGAGACGUGGCCAUUGGUGGCAGAGCGGCUAUCGUGGGCAGGAAGCAGAAACGCUUCUUCCGCUGAGCCUUCUCCUUUAAAACUGGCAUUCACGUAACUAGUCCCUAACUUAUCUAUCAGUGCACUGGUGAUAGUCCUGGGUGUCAGGACACUUGUAAGCAAGCCCUUAUUCUUCAGAAUCAGCUGUAUAGAUGUCAGUCAGUGUAUUUUGUAGAUAAAUGCACUUGUUUUCUUAAAUGACAGGGCUUCUGUAAAUAACGAAACAUAUGGGAGGGAGUGGGAAUAGAAAGUGAAGUUAGCAAUGUGCUUCCUUACAUCUGUCACUUUCCAGUUUUUUUGAUCCUCGCCAGUUGUAUUUUUGGCAAGGUUUUGUGGUGGUCUUGUAUUGUUUACCCUUAUUUUUCAAACAAGAUAUUCAGCUCCUCUUAAAAUA